CGGGACAGCGCUCACUCUGCACGGACCGUGAGACAUCUCUCUCCAGAAGAUUUUUGCAAAUAAACAGAGAUUUCUUUUUUCUCCCAGUACGCCUCUCCCCCUCCCCCUCCCCUUCCCCUCGUCCUCCUAAAGCGCUCCCCUGCCACUCACUGCGUCGGGCUGCUCCCCCGGGUAUGCUACUUAAGCCCAAGUAUGGCCGCUUUCGCAACGACUCUGUGACCUCCUCCGACGACCUGAUGCAGAGCUUAGCCAUGAGCGGCAAAGUGGUCGCCACGCCGGUCGUCCCCUCCGCCUCCCCGUCCCUGCCGCUGCCCCCGCUGCAGCUCCCGGACCGCCGCCCGCCCGCCCCCAGCGGCCCGGCCCUGGCCGACUCCCCCUGCAUCGACGGAGAGCAGGACGGCACCACCACCUUCUGCAUGCUGAUCCCCAGGAUGCCCCAGUGGAAGUUCUCCAACUCGCUGCUCAGCCGGAGCCCCUCCAACUCCAGCUCUGGCUCCGGCUCCAGCUCUAGCAAGGACUCCAGCAGGGGGACCGCCCAGGGCCCGGUGGGGCCCGGCGGUUUGCCGGUCAGCGGCCCUGUGGCCAGCCUGGCCGCUGUUCUGAACUCCUGUGACCCCGUGUGUGUCACCUCCUGUUCCCUGCAGGCCAUUGGCAGGCAGCGCGGUGCAGCCGGAUCCAGCGGCGCGGUGGGACCCAGCGCGGGCAGCGCAGAGGGCACAGGUAGCCCAGGGGGUGCGAGCGGCUCCGGGACAGGGAUGAGCCGCAGGGCGAGGGUGGAGGGCAUGCAGCUGGGAAGGGAGGAACUCAGCCAGAAGGGAAGCUUCAUCCAUAAGCCCUCUCAGGGCUGGCUGCACCCGGACAAGAAGAUCACCGGCCCAGGGGCCUCCUAUAUCAUCAGGUACAUGGGCUGCAUUGAGGUCCUCAAGUCCAUGCGGUCUCUGGACUUCAACACUCGAACACAGGUGACAAGGGAAGCCAUCAACAGGCUGUACGAGGUUGUGCCUGGGGUGAAGGGCACCUGGAAGAAGAAGGCCGCUAACAAGGCCCUGCAAUCCAUUAUGGGGAAGAGCAAUCUGCGCUUUGCUGGAAUGAGCAUCGCCAUCAACAUCUCCAUUGAGGGGCUCAGCCUGCUUGUCCCCACCACACGCCAGGUGAUUGCUCACCACCCCAUGCAGUCCAUCUCCUUUGCUUCCGGUGGAGAUACGGACACGCCUGACUAUGUUGCUUAUGUAGCUAAAGAUCCCGUCAACCAGAGAGCUUGCCACAUCCUGGAGUGCUGCGACGGCCUGGCCCAGAGCGUCAUCAGCACCAUUGGCCAGGCCUUCGAGCUGCAGUUCAAACAGUACCUGCACAGCCCGCCCAAGGCCAUUCCCACACUCGAGCGGAAUAUCAGGACAGAUGAAUCGGCAUGGGGCGAUGAUGAAGACUCCGCAGAGCAUGACUACUACAACAGCAUCCCAGGGAAGGAGCCUCCGGUUGGGGGAGUGGUGGACUCCAGGCUGAGGCCUCCAGGGGCCCUGCUAGGCCACAUCCAUACCCAGCCUCCAAGCAAGACCACGCAGAUGGGAUCUCAAGCAAAGAGAGACGGUGCCUCCUACCCCCCAGUGCAGCUGUGCUAUGAUGUUCAUUGGGACACAGAGACCAGCAGCAGCUCAGGCCUGACGUCUGAUGGGUACCUGCGUGCAGACGGCCAGCCACCUGGUAGCCGUGACUAUGAAGAGCACCUGUAUGUGAACACCCAGAAUCUAGACGGUUGGGAACCUGGGUCAGAGAAAAGCUGGGGGGGCCGCGGGUCUGAGAGCCCCAAGAAAGACAUCUUCGACAUGAGGCCCUUCGAGGAUGCCCUCAAGAUGCACGAGGCAGGGGGCGUGUGUGUGCUGGAGGACCAGUGGCCCAGCCCACCCCGACGCCGCGCCCCCAUCGCGCCCACCGAGGAGCAGCUGCGGCGCGAGGCCUGGUACCACGGGCGCAUGAGCCGGCGGGACGCCGAGAAGCUGCUGGCGCGAGACGGAGACUUCCUGGUGCGGGACAGCGCCACCAACCCGGGGCAGUACGUCCUGACGGGCAUGCACUGCGGCCUGCCCAAACACCUGCUGCUGGUGGACCCCGAGGGCGUGGUUCGCACCAAAGACAUGCUUUUUGAAAGUAUCAGUCAUCUUAUCAAUUACCACCUACAAAACGAGCUGCCCAUCGUAGCAGCUGAGAGUGAACUGCACCUCCAACAGGUGGUCCGUCGAAAACAAUGAUCCCACCCCUUGAAUGUCUGCAGUGGAGACAGGACUGCCCUCGUGUGACCUUGAGCGGCUGAAAGCGGGAGGUCCUCGUCUUGCCUUAAACAGACUCUGAGCGCCCCUCCCCCCCACCACCCCCCCACUGGGCUGGCACAGAGGGCACAGGAGCGGACUCUACUGCAGCCGUGAGCCGGACUGCAUUUGACGCUGAAAACAAACCAUUCAUUUCAACAAAAACAAUCAGCAUGUCUGUGUUAUGUUAAUGGAUGCUGUCUCUCACGCUGACCCUGAAAUCUGUCUCACGCGGAGGGAAUGUGAGGUCUGGGACAGGGGGGACAGGACAUCAGAGGUAAGAGAAGAAUAUGGAAGAAGUGGCUCCGCUUCUCUGAGGUGGGCUUACAAGUGUAACCUAAACGGUGUCCCACAAGGUUAGUGUUCUAUUAAGAAAAAUAACAGAAACGAGGGAUGGAAACCUUGCACUAAGUCUGUGCUGCACGGUAACAGUGUUACAAGAAUGUAUUGGGCUUCCUUCAGUCCAGAGUCUUUCAGUGCGAGAAUGUGGACACAGAAAACUCAACGUUAUGGCAUGUGUCAGUGAUUGUGUGUUCGGGACAUAUACUUACACUUAAGUUUGUGUUGUGGAAAAAAAAGUAGGGCAGUGUAGUUCCCUUAUACCACCCCUUCAUGUUUUUACAAGAGUAAAAGCGGCCUGCUUGUGGUCUGCAUUCUUUUUUCCCAUGGUUCUUCCUAGACCUGCCACAGAUCACUACGAUGAAAAGCACUAUGGCCCCUGCUUUAUGAACAAACUCUGAUAUAAUCAGCCACAUGAGUGUGUUUAUAUUGUAUGCCACUUACACUGUACAGUGUUUUUUGUGAACAUAAUUACACAAAUAAGUGUUCUCAUAAGUUGUGUUUCCAUAAUUUAGUUCCUUUAUUGCAGCAGCAAGAUAAUUUCUUCAAACUUACCUCAGGAGCAAAGAUCAGGUGUAGAUAACCUCUCAUGUAUUAGAUCCUUUUCUGCGAUGAUAAAGGCAUUCAGAAAUGUUUAUCCACACCAAAGCUGCAAACCAAACUCACCAACACAUAGAACCUCUAAAGCCAGGUCUCUCAUUAAUCUAUUAGAUUAAUUCAACACAUGGCAAUGUGAGAACCUCACAUUCUGGGUUCUAUGAGAGAACCUCAUGUUCUGGGUUCUAUGAUAGCAGGAGGUAAAAUCACAGUAGGAUCAACAUUGUAUUGUUAUUGUGGCUCAUAUUGUCAGUGCUAAAUACUUAACUGCAGGUAUUCACGCUCAGCAUUUAACAUGCAGCUGUCGUCUGGUCACAUCACUAACAAAUUUGAUCAGUCUGUCUUUGCGAUCCGUAUUUUGCGAAACAGUAGAUGCAUCUAGAUCCUUGGUGUUGUUUGGCUUCAUCUCCCCGUUGUAUCUCCACUGCUGGGUCCCUGGUUGCCUGAUUGAUGUCGAUCAGGCCCUCUCUGUGAAAACUUCUCGUCUCUGUCGCAUCAAAUUCAGCGGUUGCACAUAUCGUUGGAAUCGAUUGUAUGUUGUCGAACAUUUCCCCUCCUACUUUCACAAGAAUCACAAAAUCAACAACCGAGUCUAUACUGGCUCUUGAAACCCUCGUUGAAGAACAGAGCAGUGCCUUAAUUGUCCUCAUGUUUUGUCUUGCGUUGAACCAAAAGAAUGAAAAAGUUCACUUGCAUCAUCAAAAUUAUUGCAUCACACUUAUACCAUGUGUAUGUCAGGGGAAGUCAAUGCUGUUCCCAGAGGACUGAAUGGUUCUGGUUUCCCUUCCAUCUCGCAUCUUUUUCCUUUGAUCGUGGGUCUUAUUCGGACUGGAAGUCAACACAUGAGAUCAAUGAGUCUGCAUAAGCUGUGUACCUGCAGACACAUCCGAAGCCAUAUCUAUUGGCCUGAUCCCCGAAGGCCAGCAUUGCCUGCCACUGCUGUCUGCUGUCUGCUCUCACUUAGAAUCUCUCCCUACAGACUUCCCACAUAAGGCAGGUGGUGUCCUGUUUAGUCCAAGAAUCAGUUUUCACCACGGCCAUGUACUGUGAACGAGCUGACUGCAGAGCCGCUGUGCAGCCAGACUGAGGGUAAUGCAUUCAGGAUCCCCGUGGCCUGGGCAGCGCUCACUCCGCUCUCCAAGCCUGCUGAAAAGGAAAGGAAACGAGAGGAAGAUCUGUGAUGUAAUACUUUACUCGAGUUUUCAGAAAGACCCCC